AUGACAGUCUCGAUUCAAAAUGAGAAUGACUAUUCUCUUGGAGUCCAUUGUAAAUCUGGUGAUAAAGAUAUCGGUUAUCGCCUUCUCAAGAAAGGUGAGCUAUAUGAAUGGAGAUUUCGUCUUAAUUUGAAGAAAACUACACUCUACUUUUGUGGAUUUCACAAUGGACAAAUAGAGAAAGGUGUUUUUGACAUUUACGACGCAACUAGAGAUGAGGAAAGAUGUCAAAUUUGUACAUGGAAAGCAGUAGAAGAUGGUGUUUAUGGAUAUAGUAAUAUGAGUCCUCCACCAGCUUUGUUGUUUUACAAGUGGUUAAAGUAG